AUGUCGCAAACAAGUUCAUUUCCUUUCUUCGGUAAUAGUAAUCAAUAUCGCCCUGAUGGUAAACCAAAUACAUCAAAUAAAUUUAAUUUGAAAGCACUUUUUGAUUUUUCAACUUUACAACCACGGGUUCAAAAUCAUUUGAAAAAUGUCUAUACGUGUUUAUUGGGUGCAACUUUAUGUGCUACAUUGGGUAUUUAUUUAUCCAUGACAGGUUGGCUCAAUUAUCCUCGUUUGGCAAUGUUUGCAUCAAUAAUAACAAGUAUUUGGCUUUUUUCACUUGAUUUUAAUGGUCGUACACAAAUGAAAUGUUUUGGAUUAAUGUCUGCUACAGCUUUAUUUACGGGUAUUUAUUUAAGCCCAUUGAUCAAUUUGGCCAUUCAUGUCGACCCGCAAAUUAUCGUAACAGCAUUUUUAUUGACAACAAUUAUAUUUGUUUGUUUUACACUUAGUGCUUUAUUUACAAAAAGUCGAACUUAUCUAUAUCUAGGAGGUUUACUGGGUACAGGCACAUCUAUUAUGCUUUUACUUAGUUUGAUGAAUAUAUUUGGACGUUCGCAACUUAUUUUCAAUGUUAAUUUAUACCUUGGCUUAGCUCUUGCUUGUGGAUAUAUUUUAUAUGAUACGCAAUUAAUUGUUGAACGAGCUAAUAAUGGAGAUAUGAAUUAUGUCAAACAUGCACUUCUCUUAUUUAUUGAUAUGGUCGAUUUAUUCGUUCGCAUUCUUAUUAUUUUACUUAAAAAUUCGCAAAAGAAAGAUAAGAAAAGCAACAAUCGUUAA